CAGUUGGACCGUCGCGCGAGUGCUAGCGGCGUGUUGAACGCUAGCGGUGCGGCGGAGCGGACGCUGACCCGCCGCCCGCUAAUGAGUCCGGCACACGCGCGCGCGCUCGAUCGAGCAGCGCCGCUCAGUGCUGCGCGACCCCGCGGCGAGAGCCGCUGCUGGCUGAAUAUCGCGAUAUCAGGUGUUAUCAGUGUGAUAAGAUAGUGUGUCACCUCGCGCCGCGCCGCGCAGGACGCACACCGCGACGCGCCCGCGCCGAGCCGGCCGCUAUCUCGCCAUGCGGAGCAAGGACCGCCUCGCCGAGCUGCUGCAGCGAGCAGAGGCGGCUGGUGGCAUUUAUAAGGACACGGUGGUACCAGUGGAGGAAGAUGAGGGUCCAGAGGAGAGAAGCUUGCCUCCAGAGAUGGAAGAAAUGCUGCAAGAGGCAGAGGCGGCGGUGCGGUGGGCGGGCGAGCUAGCGGCGCAGACGUCUCGACUGCGCGCAUUGCACGCGCAUCCUACCUUCCACACUAGCCCCGAGAUGCAGGAGCAAGCAGACAGCGUGGUGACGCAGGCGCACGCACUAGGGCUGAAGGCCAGCGGAGCCCUGCGUCAGUUAGAGCAGCGAGCGACUACUGCUGCUGCAGGCGAGAGCGGGGCGGCGGCCCGCGCAGCAAGAUUACAGGCGGCUUGCUGUCGCCGGCGGUAUGCGGCCGCGUUGGAGCACCAUCAUAGUGCGUUGGCGGAAUUGCGCGCUGCAAGACGGCGAUUGCUGGCGGAUCAGCUGGCUCUUACUAAUUCAGAGAUUACAGAGGAGGAGUGCGAGAGACUGUUAGACGACAACCGGCUUCAAGUUUUCGUCGACAAUAUCGAAGCAGAAACGCGCGAGGCCCGUAUCGGCCUUCGCGAAGCAGAGGCUCGUCGCGCAGAGCUAGCAAAAGUAGAGGCAGCUCUCGUGGACGUCCGAGACCUUUUCGGACAACUGCAUCACCUCGUGGCUGUACAGCAGGAUCAGUUGGACAGCGUCGAAUACUUUGCCUUACAAGCUACAGAACAUGUUGUUCUUGGACAGCAUGAACUACUGCAGGGGAAUGUGUUCCGCAAGAAAACCAGAAAGAAAAAAAUCGGUCUUAUAAUAUGCAUCUCAGUGGGUGUCUUCAUAGUCCUGCUGGUGCUCAUCUACACGUAGUUCAGCCCACGGUGGUAGCGGAAAGCGAGACAGCGCUUUAUACACGCAUAGCUCUGUCUCGCUCACACACGAUUACAGCACACAUUUUCGAGGCAAGGGUGUGACUUUACUAAACGGUGCAGGAUAUAAGCGCUUGCGCCACUUGGCGUAUUAAACUAGUCAGUCCAGUUUCAACGAUACGACGCUUUAGUCAAUUUCGACAUUAAAUAUACAACAAUAUAAUAUAUAAUAAUUUAAUUUAUUUACUUAAGUAUUUUAAAUAAACAAAAAAUAAUAAUUAA